AUGGGUGCUCCGAAAAGCAACACGCUCAGCGCGCGCGACCUGGAGAUUGCCGGCAAAGUCUGGCAAUGCUUCAAGACCGAGCCUCAGGUCGACUUCGCCAAGCUCGCCGAAGUCGCCGGCUUCAAGAACCCCGCCUCGGCCUCCGCCUGCUGGAACCCCAUCAAGAAGAAGCUCAUGGCGCAGGGCGGUGAUUCGGCCCCGUCCACUCCCGCGUCUGGCCGCAAGGGCAGCAACAACAACACCAACAAGCGCGUCCGCUCCACGAACAACGACGACGUCGACGAUGACGAGGAGUCUCCGUCGCGCAAGGCCAAAUCCAACAAGAAGGCCAAGAAGGCCGUCUCGUCGUCGUCUGCUACUCCUCGCGGUGGCCGUGGCGGUGGUGCCCGCGUCAAGAAUGAGGAUGCGGAAACUGAUGAUGAGGACGAGGAGACGACUGUGAUCAAGGCGGAGAAGGCGGACGACACGGGUGCCGAGGCGGAUGAUGAGGGCGAUGCGGCGGCUAUGGCGGAGCUGGCGUACUUUGCGGGGAGCGAGGAGGUUUGA